AUGGGCGUCGAUACUCGCCGAUCCAGACCCGUUCUCCCUGCUCCUACAGAGUCUCUCGUCGAUACUACAGCCGGAAGUACUACGGGCACAGACCUGGCAACUGACCUUUCUCGCCGCACAGACAAGACGUCCUUCUCAAUUCCAGACGACGGCAGCCCCAUCACCGUCUCCACCCAGCGGUAUCGGGACCGAGACGAAAAACGGUCGCACUCACACCGGGAUUCCCAUACUUCCCUUCUGAUCGAAUAUUUCGAAGCAGGAAAGGAACCAGGUAAAAUCGCCUCGCGACCAAGCGUUCGAGUGCGAGUGACUCCCUCCGGCUCUCGCAAGUCCAAGGACAGAGAUCGGGUUCAUAUCACAGAAUCAAAUCGCAAACCCUCAUACACCCGGCGCAUCUCAUUGACCUCGCCUGGUCGCAAGCCGAAGCAGCUGGCCGAGUCGGGCGCAGACGAGUACCUCAGUAUCAGCGAGGGGGAAUCAGUGGACGAGGAAGGUCGAUCCAUCUCACCCCGCCCGCCAGUGGAGGUCGAAUUGAUGAAUCGUGAUCGCUCCAGCGAGCUGUCAACACUCUCGCGCGACGCCAGACUUGUCUUUCCGCCAUCUGAUAUCUCAUCAAUGCCCGCUGACAGUAUGCUUGACACAACCUCCUCCGCUGGACCCCGGCGCAAGCGCAGCCAAAGUCUCGAGCGUGACUCCACUAUUGAAGACAAGGGUCUAUUGAAGAUGCCAUCUCGACAGCGCAGUCGUAGCCUGAGCAAAGAGCGCAUUGCUCACCGCGUGGCGGAAAAACUCAGCGGCUCACCGCAGGACAAACACCGACAUCGACACCGAAGUAAGCAUUCACGCAAAGAGUAUUUGGAUACCGAGUCCAAGUCAUCGCGUCGCAAGCACUACGAUGACGACGUUGUUCCAAGCGCCGAGUCGAGCCUGCUGAGCACCUCUGCGGUCUCGUCGAACCGAAAAUCGGGGGAUCAGUAUUCAAUACGAUCUGGAGCGUCCAAGUCCUCUAUUAACAACCCCAAGUUGUUGGAGACGGUGGAGGACGCCAUCCGCCGGUUGAUUUUGCCGGAGUUGAAGGAAAUGAAGAAAGACCAGAAGGUGUUGAAAAACACUAACAGGUUUGAGCGCGAUCGGGAUUUGAUGACAAACUAUUCAUCCACCAGCUCGAGAGACGAACUGGGCCGAAGGCUGUCCAAACAUUCAAGUGCGCCGGAUAUCGUCAAGCCCAGGGUGGUUUUGAACAAGAACAGCAAGGACGAGGGCAUCGUGCUCGCUGAGUCCGGACCCCGGACCAAGGAAAUCCCACGGGAGUCCCCGCGAACUCGCAAGUCCAGCAAAGGUAGUGAGACUUCAGACAAUGCGUGGGUCAAAUGGGGUCGCCCGGAGCUCACCGAGCAGGACAAAUUGCGACGGCAGAAGAGCAAAGGUCUGCGGGAUGCGCAAGCAGCUGGACGAGUGGGCUCUGCUCUUACCGCGGCAUCACUCAAACACCAUGACUCGCAAUCGAGCCUCGGCCAGAGCGAGCGAAGGGGCAGCGGAUCUCGGAAAAGUGUCGAUAGCUUCAAUCUCAACGAGACUGAGCUAGUGUUCAAAAAGCACAACGUGCCGCGCAUGCCCAUGCAUAGCGAGAUCGAUUCGGAGCUGACCAGGGCAUCUUUGCUCUCUGAGCGCACUGAAAGCCCGGGUCCCAAUGCUCAGUUUUCACAUGGGGAGGUGUCGCGCGGUUCGCCUCGCCAACUCGCCUCACCCAGCUCACGGACACCUACCCGUACCCCGACGAAGAAUCCGAUGGACACAGGCCCAGAGCUGAUGAUGCGGCAUGGAAACCAGUCACAGCGGGACCUCUCAACUCACAGCGCGUCCGAUCGUGAUCUCCACAGCAAAAGUCGCUCACCGGGCACUGACCACGGCGACUGGGUUAUUGCAGCUGCAGCUGCAGCGAAUUUGCUGGAUGCAGCCCAUCCUGGAGACCAGUCCGCACACGAAGACCGUUACGAACUCGGUCGACCUCUGAGUCCUAUUCAGAGCGUGGCAAGCGACCACACCGAGACUCACGUCCAUCAAAAGGGUCGCCUUUUACCUGCCUCUGACAAUGCUUUGGAACAACGACUUUCCAUUGAUUCCUUGUCAUCCGCUCCGAGCACGAAUCUAGCUCGUUCUACUAGAAACGCUAUCAGUCCCCAUAGCCAGCAAGGCGAUUACCAACAUGGCCGAGACGGUCUCGACAUUGGAUAUGGGCAGUCGCGACAUGCUUCCGAUGAGGAUCUCUACGGCCACGAUGAGGAUUCUCGUCUCUCGGGGGCAUAUGAUGACAGCGAAGUGGACUUUAUGGACAAAGUCAAAGAAGGUCAGCAUGUCUCUGAAGGCGCAGGUGCAAAUCCUCAAUUUGUACACCCGUUGGCGGUUGAGUCUAAUGUUGCAUCUUUGAUGGAUCCAUCGGUCCUGGAAUCACACACGUCGGGCCAGUCUGGCAACCGCUCCCAUGUUGACUAUGAACGUGCGGGCAGCAGAAGUCCCGAGAAGCGCGGAAGCCCAUUGAAACAAGUCCAAGGGGCUCCUAGCCUCGACGAGACUUCGUUCCCUCGGCGGAUGGGCAUGACAUCGCCGCCUCAGAGUGUCACUCAGUCGGUCGAGGGCUUGGACGAGCACGCCAUGCCUGUCGCCGGGGCGCGCGGUCUUGAGAGUCCCCUCGAAGAUGCUGAUGAGCGUAGCCAGGAGUCUGAGUCUGAAAUCAACACAAACCCGUCAAUCAUCCAAGGUCCCAUUGGCGGAGUACCUCCGGUCGACCAAGACCAUUGGGGCCCAGCUCCCGUUUCCUACUAUGACUCUCAAGGUGCUCAGCCUGACGGCGCUCACGAUCGAGUUCACCAGCCUCAGCGCAGUCUUGACGCCGAGUACUACGAGACCGCAAAGAACAUCUUUGGUGGCGAUGAUUAUUUUGUGGAGACACAGGAUGAUCAGCUGUUUGGGACACCUCCUCAUGCGAAAGAUGAGGGUUACGUAUCAGCCGCGAAUCCCAUGUCUCCAAGUAUCGGCACUCCUAAACAGGGUAGUCGUGGUCUGGCUGCCGGUGUGCCCGGGACUGGGGCAUUCGACAGCCCUACUGGAGCCGAGGAUCCCUUUGCUCCUGACCAACAGCGUCAUUUCAGUGGCUACUCUCACGGAGUGGAAUCGCCGCUUUAUGACAGCGCCACCGGUCGCGGAAUCGAAAGAAUUCAAUCUAAGGACAUCGUGGCGUUGAUGGAUCAUCUCACUGUGCGCGAUGCUCAACGUAAUGCUAGGGACACAGAGAUUCUGGUGACCCUCGUUCGAAGCGCCGCGGAGAUGCGCACCUCGUUUGAGGAAAUGAAGAAAUUCAUUGCGGCUCAAGAUGAGAAGCUGCAAGAUUCAACUGAGAAGCAGCACUCUCAGACUCUUCGAGCCUUGGGCGGCCCACGUCCCUUGCCCCCCAGUGGCUCUCGAAGUCGACAGAUGAAUCUGGACACCGAGGAAGAGUUUCAGUCGAAGCGAAAGAAUAUCUUCAAACGUGCGCUCAAAGGCCUCAGUCUCAAAUCUGGGAAUGACCUUGCUAAGAUUGAGGGCAUGUUGGAGCAGUUGCUUGAUGAGGUUGAGGCUCUGCGUGAAGGACAGGGUCUUCCCAGUCCUCGUGCUGGACUCCGCGGAGCUAGCGCUGACCCUUUCGAUCCAUCCGCUGAACACAAUGGAGCCGGGCCAGCGAAUUUCUCACAGAAUGGGAAUGCUGCUCGGGCCAGCACUUCUGAUCGUGGCGCCAGCGGUUAUGGCCAGCGAGACUUGGAUCAUGAAGACUCCGACAUUGACGAAGAUGACCGCUUCCUAGCUGCCCAUCUUCCUGUGCAAGAGCCUGUCCGCCACGAACGAGCCGGUUCGAUGCCUCUUUCGACGCCGCCUCGGAAGCCCGUGCCCACGGGAGCUCGAAGCACCGAGACGACCCCCAAGGAUUCCGUAGACAAGGCUCGGAAGCACAAGUCCAGUAACUCGUCGAUCUUCCCCAAAUUCUCGCGCUGGUCCAAGACUACGGCCUCAUCGAUGGGCGACAAUAUCCGUAACAGCAUGCAACCAAAUCGUAAAGAGCGUCCUCACUCCGACCCCUCUCGCUCUGCGUCGGACGUGCCCCAGGACGCAUACAAAACAGGUGAUUUCUAUGAUUCACAGGGUGAUGACCGCCUGCGUUCGACAUACACCCUUGACGAGGAGCAGGAUGAAAACCGACCUCCAUCCCCACUUGUUCCUUCUCAAGUCUCCGAAGCGCCCAAGUACCGUGCCCACCGGGGCAGUUUGGAUCUGCAACAUCCCCAGCCUCGCCAGGGUCCUACCGGCCGGUAUCGAAACCAGCUUGAGAACCAAGCCCAAUCUUACAACACCCCUACAUCACCCACCUCUGAGCAAUGGGGAUCCAAUCCCAGCUUGCCGCCAGCCCUGGCAAGUCAUAUCCGCCACAGCACGGGGAGCCGUCUGUCCCCGAUCUCUGAUGCGGGAUAUUCGGAGGCAAGCUCUCGUACACCGGGCCCACCUCGCCCACCUAAGGUCAAGGACAACGGUCCCCUCGUUCCUGAGCGUCCACCCAAAAUCUCUGAGGGAGAGGACGAUGCGUCAGCGCAAGCUCAAGACCACAACAACGGCGAUCGCGUCGUCUCCAAGAGCUCGUUGCGUUCUCCGCCCACACGCAGACCCACUGGUCCUCGACCUCUUACGUCUGGCGGAUCUUACAGUCCCAGCAACAUCAAGCGUACGCGCUACCGUGGCAGUCCGAUGCAGAUUGACUAUGACGAUACUUAUUGA